CUGGGGGAGGGAAGAGAAACUGAAAUUAGGUUCCGAGGAGCCUGGACCAUGGGCAACGCGCAGGAGCGGCCGUCGGAGACGAUCGACCGCGAACGGAAACGCCUGGUAGAGACACUGCAGGCGGAGUCUGGGCUACUGCUGGACGCGUUGCUGGCGCGGGGCAUGCUCACCGGGGCGGAGUACGAGGCGUUGGACGCGAUGCCUGAUGCCGAGCGCAGGGUGCGCCGGCUGUUGCUGCUGGUGCAGGGCAAGGGCGAGGCCGCCUGCAACGAGCUGCUGCACUGCGCCCAGCGUGUGGCGCGUGCGCCUGACCCUGUUUGGGACUGGCAGCACGUUGGCCCUGGCUACAGGGACCGCAGCUACGACCCUCCGUGCCCAGGCCACGGGACGCCUGAGACACCUGGCUCAGGGACUACAUGCCCCGGACUGCCCAGAGCUUCUGACUGGGAUGAGGCUGGGGGUCCUGAGGGCUCUGGGGCGGUGCAAUCCCAGAUCCGCGAGGAGCCCAAUCUGGAGCUGGAAGCUGAGGCCUCUGAAGGGGCUGAGCCGGAGCCGGAACCUCAAAUGAAUCCGGGACCAGAACUGGAGGCAGAACCAGAGCCUGAACUGGAGCAAGAGCCCGACCCAGAGCCAGAACCCGACUGCGAGGCCGCGGAUGAGUCCGAAGGUUCCUGAAGACCAGAGUACUGACCAGCCGCUUCCCACCCAAACUGGAAGGGACCUGGGAUCCUGCCUGGGCUUGGUCCAUGCCACUGAGACUCCUUGUGGCCCAGUGUUGCUGGAAGUAAAUAAACCCUGGAA